CUACUUUCCAUGGAUUGUCAAAAUGUUCGAUUCUGCUGUUGCUCUUGCUGUUGCUUUCUCCAAGUAUGCUCAAGCCUGAGAGAACAUUACUGCUUUGGGCCUAUGUGAUUGCCAUAUUCGACCUGCUCUGCGCCACUCUGUUUGCCGGACUCUGUCUUGGCACGAUCUUUGAGCAUCUAAGUUGGCUUACCAUAUUUGCAGUUAUAUUUGGCAUCUUCUGGAUCUCAAUGAUAUUCGUGCUCUUCAUUGGCAUUUAUGCGCGCAAUCCCAGAUGCCUACGUGCCUGGAUCCUCUUCUCCAUGGGUGGCAUCCUGCUGGAAAUGUGUCUGCUCCUGUACGCCGUUUUCAGCCAGAGCAAAUUCCAAAUUGGGCUGGUCAAAAAUAGCCUGUUUCUCGUAUCGGGAUUGAUUGUGGAACUUAUUUUCCUGUACACCAUCUGUCAGUUCUACAAGGCUCUGGCGCGCUGUAAAGUAUGCCAUCGACCCCUGGAAACCAGAAGCAAUCCGCGAUAAUCGAAUUCCCCUUGGUUUAAUUACAGUUGAUUUAAUGCUUAAGUUA